ACAACCCUUUUUAUAUUUAUUAAUCAGUCGUCAGUUUUAAAUUAACACGAAACUUUCAAGUCGUGUAAACGAAAAAUUUAAAGUACAAUGGGCGACGGUAUAAAGUUAUCUAAAGAUAAGCGUCAUCGAAGUUCGAGUAGCAUUGUUGGACCUCAAAUAGAGGGCUCGCGAUCCGAACGAAAACUGGACAUUAGGGCUUCAAUACCAGAAGUUGAUGACCAAUUCACGGUAGCGGAAGCACGUUGCAAUGAUUUACAAGAAAAAAUUGAUUUAGUAAGAAGUUUAAAAAGAAAAAGAAAAUUAAAAAAACGCAGUAUGACACACGUGAAUGAACCUGAAAAGGUUCCGUUCAUAUCCGUACGAGCGCAGCCGAAAAAAAAGAUACAGCAGCCGGAGUCCCGCUUACGGCGAUUGGUCCCGCCGCCUAACCCCAUGCGCAGCUAUCUCGACUCCACCAUCUUAGAGCAGCAUAGCAUGUUAGGACUUGUCCGCGAUUUCAAUCGACCACACAAACUGCACCAGGAGUGCUCUGAAGAUAAAAUGCACACCGGAGAAAAGCCUGCAAUACCAAGGUCACGUGCACGUCGAGCUCGAGCUGACGGUGAUAGUGCAGCUCGCGAUCAGGGCCUAAUAGCUACAUCUUUAGAAGUUGCAUGCGGCGAAGAUAACGCGUCUGUUAACCAAUCCGACAACGAUCUAUUCAACAAUAAACGACAAGGAAAUUUCUCUAUAUCAAUAAACAAGAAGUCACAGCCGACCUCUUUGCGGAAAGCAGCGACGUUAGAGAAACGCAGGAAACAUGUGCCACUAGAAGUUCUCACGAAAGAGAAAGAUCGUCCUGUCGUGGAACUGUUCAGUAAGAAUAACACCUUGCACUCCGCCGAUAUCAAGCGGAACGUUGCAAAUAGUUCUAAGACUGUUUUAGAAGCUGACGAGGAGAUAUUGCAAACAGCGGCAGCUGUAAAGAAAGAAAAGGAACACCGGUAUCCGCGACGUGUUAAGUACCUUAGCAGGCGCUAUGAAAUGCCAACAGUGGCGUCGCAGAUGAAACAGACGGCCAUGCGCUACUACUACGGCAACAUCAACAACUCCAAAAAUAACUACAACAUUCCUUUUAUCAUUACCAAAAGCUGCGCUCCCUCACAUAACAUUGGCGUAAACAUACAACAGGUUUUGAACGGUUUAAAAGUCCAGCAGCCAUUAUCCGGUAUUAUACCGCUGACGAUAGCACAUCAUAUGGGUCUAGGUCAUAUUCCUAGUAAUGAAACAAAGAACGUGCAACCGAAGCUUGACAAUCGAGAGAUCAACGCAAUCCGGCUGGGGCGGCGGUUGCUGCGGCUGCCCUCGUACAAGUACAUCUCGUACAACCGUCUUCUGCAGCUUUACCGCGAGGGUGAGGGUGUGGUACCUCGGUUCCUGCGCUCCCUCAACCGCGCCCAUUGCUACUAUACUUCUAUGUACAAUCUAGCGACAGGAUUAGACAUCGAUGGAACAAAAUCGCGUAGCUCUCAAGAGGCGAAGCUGAGCCUCGGAGAAUACGCGACGCUGUACCGCGUGUACGAGCAGGUGGACAAGUGUCUCAAGGAGAAAUACGAUCCGGAGCUGAUGCGACGUAAGGCCGAACUUGCCAGGGAGCUCACCGCUAGGGAAGAACAGAUUAGACGGGUGGUGCAAGACUACAGGCCAGGGCCAGAGUCUGAGACACCGCUCCGCGCGACUGCCUCCACGGCAGAAGGAAGCUACCGGUACUCUUCGUAUAAGCUCAACCUGGCCGACUCACAGCAUUAGCACUAGUCCAGUGUAACAAUCAAUUUGACGCACAAAAUUCCGUGUUUCUUGCUUUUAUCUCGGGACGUAGUGCUGUGGAUACAGGCUUCAGCUUGUCCUGAGGUCAUACGAACAAUCGAGGAAUUGAAGCCUAAAAUUAUUGUCCACCUUAAGCCCUAUCACAUCAUCACAAGUACGUAAGUCAACAGAAUUAUCCCUACAACCCUCCGUGGUAGUUGUUAUUUCUUAACUUGAUCCUUACUUAAUCUAGCGUCUAAUCUUGGGACUUACAUCUGUAGUAAAUAACACACAUACACAAGCUGUGUGCUUUUGGUGUCUGAAAAUCGUAUAUCGAACUUAAUUUAUUAAUUCCCUAUAUUUACGUUCUGCUUUGUUUUCGAGGCAUCUGAUAUUGUAACGUCUACGUUUUAAAAUUAUUAUUGUAACUUUGGGUCUUGAAUUCUACGUCCAGCA